AUGGGCCGCCACGGUGUCAAGAAGCGCCUCUACCUCAGCCCCCCCGACCCCGACAUCGUCACCCGCCAAACCCACGUCACCCGCUACAUCCCCGAAUCUCCCUCCCCCUCCCCCCCUCCCGUCGAAUACAUCACCCUCCCGCCCCGUCCCCCUCCAGCAAUCAUCCAACUGCCCCCUCCGCCGCCUCCCACGCUCCCUCCGGCUCCCAUGCCUCCUCCUCCUCCUUUUCCCGCACCCGUCUACAACCUACCUCCCCUGCGCCGGCCCUCCCCCGAACCAGAAUUCAUCGAAGUAAUCGCCGUCAGCGAGGACGAAAAAGACGACAAGAAGAAGAAGAAGAAGAAGAACAAGGACAAGCACCACCACCGCUCCAAGAGCCGCUCCUCCGUCUCCAGCCACUCCCGCAGCCGCAGCCGCAGCCACCACCGCCACCGCGACGAAGACGAUCUCUCCCGCUACCACGACCGCGACAGCCAUCGCGACGUCGAGGAGUCGCGCGACAGAGAAGUCUACAUCGAGAGGGAGCGAUACGUUCCCUACCCGGUCCCCGUCCCCAUGGAGCCUCAAUACAAGACGUAUCGCUACGUCGACGCCCCGCGCAGCCCCGCCCGGCGCCGUGCGUCAUCGCCCUCUCCGCCGCGUUACAUUGAGGAGGAUAGAGAGCGCGAUUAUAAUAUCCGUAUAAAGGAUCGCGAAUACCGAUACGACUAG